UUUUCUCCCUCCAAUUGAAGGUAAAUAUCCAUUUCACAUAUAUAAUAAACAAACAUUCCUCUGAUCAUUUGCAGAGAAGACUAGAACUCUGUAGCUGAAAACAAGCUCAACUUGUAUCCAAGAAAACACACAAGUAAGAGAAGAAUUCAGAGGGGUUGAAUAUGGAUAUAAGGAAAAUUGUGGUAAUUGUAGAAGAUGUGGAAAUAGCAAAAACUGCACUCCAAUGGACUCUUCACAAUCUCUUGCGAUAUGGGGAUAUACUCAUCCUUUUACAUGUUUUCCCUAUCACAAAAUCAAGAAAUAAGAAAAAGGUUAAGCUUUUACGACUCAAAGGUUUUCAAUUGGCUCUCUCCUUCUAUGACAUCUGCAAAAAAAUUCUCAAUACCAAGACAGAGAUUGUGGUAACACAAGGGGAUCAAGAUGGUGGGAAGAUUGCUGAAAUGGUUAGAGAAAUUGGUGCUUCUACUCUUGUUGCUGGACUUCAUGAUCAGAGCUUUCUUUACAGAUUGGCCAUGACCCACAAUCACAUUGCAAGAAAUUUGAAUUGCAAAGUACUAGCCAUCAAGCAACCAACACCAUCACCGAUGGCCACAAGGACAAGAACCAUUUAUUUUCAAGAUAGUUCAACCAACAUGGACUUUUCGCAGAUUGAAAUUGAUGCACUGAGUGUCCCAGAAGUUAAUCCACCAAAAAUUCCAUACCAAGUUUGUCCAGAUCCUCAUUCUAUCAUUUGGAGAUCAGGAAGAUCAAGAAGAUGGGAAACAAGACAUUAAAUCAAGCAAAUAUUUGUCAUUUCAAUGAGGGAAUCUAUGUAUAAUUUUUUCCACCAUGUAUUUUGUGAUAGCAAAAACUGCUUUACAUUUUUCGGUUUGGCCCACACAAAAUUUAAAAAAAAAAAAGAGAAGAAAAUUGUUAUACAAAAUACAACAAAAACUGAGGUCGGCGUGGGGUAGCAAGAAGUGGGGGAUUAGAAAUCGUUUCAUUAAAGUAAAAGCUUUUUCUCUCUCGGCGCAUGUUAGGUGAAUAAUUAACCUGCGCCGUCGACGGAAAUGGGAGGAAGAGGAAGAGCGAAGAAGAACACCAUCAAAACGCGAGUUGUAGAAAGAAAUUAACGGGCACCAUCACACGCGAGCAAGGGAAACGAAAUACUAAAGCAAAAGAGAAAAUGCAGGAGGAAGAUCUGGACCAAGACAGUGACAACGACCCAAAUUGACCAGAUCUGGGCAGUAAUCGAGUCAAAAUGGUAACACCGGUGAGUUCUAGCAAUCAAUUGACAUCUAUGGUGAACUCUGGCAAAGUAAUUGCUACAGCACUGAGUGCAAGUGAGCAGCCAAGCUCGAGCAAAGUGCAGACCAAUGGAACAAUACAUGCAAGCCCACCUAAGGAAUAGAGAACGCAGAGCUUGAUAACCAGCAGAAAUUCAGCAUAAUAAAACAGAACCAACAGCGGAGACGGGAAGAUCAUGGACAGGGUUACUCCAAGAGAACAAAUUGGCACCAAAAGGUAUGAAUCUAAUUUACAUACCCUCAGUGAUGAAGGAUGGUGAAGUAGUGGUACAAUUGAUGGAAGAGGACAUCGAAGAAGAGAACCAAAAGUGGAAUCGAGCCGUUAUACUCUAUGUGGUGGGGAAUACUCCAUCAAUUGGGGCUAUUGAGAAAUUCAUAGCUAAUCAAUGGGUUAAUGUUCAUAAACCUAAGGUGCUCUUCCAUAAUGAUGAGUAUUUCAUAGUACUGCUAAAUAACAGUGAAGAGAGGGAGGAUGUGA